CAGACGGUAUUGAGCCCGUAGCAGUGCUGGCAGUCGAGUCACAAGAUGGAGCUGGUAGACGAGUUCUGCAACUUGCUGCAGGUGCAUACUAACCGGGAUAAGGUGGUAUACCUGGCAUGCUACUCGCUCAAGUUCUGGGGCGCGACGGCCAAGCGACCCGACCUCAGCACCGCGAGCGCCCGGCUGGCGGCUGCGCGCGCCGCCACACGCCUCUUCGAUGACGCCGCCGUCAUCAAAACCCUGCACGCUUAUGGGCUAGGAAAACAGGACGGCCCAUGGUGGGGUCCAUUAGGAACGUCCCACAGCAUCUUCACACUAGCGUUCCUUCAGGCUGAGAAGCUGAUCUUCCUUCUAGACACGGGCGUCCUUAUCCUUGAUGAACGCAAAGUCUACACGAUUAGAACAGCGCACAAAUUGUUCUGGUCCUUAUUUACUUUCGUCGGAUUCCUCAGAACAAUCCGAGCUCUGCACAUAGCAGCCCAAAACCUGCGGGACCCAGAACGAACGAAAUGCGCCUCGGCAAGAUUUACCCAGGCGACCCUCACCAGCACCAAGAGCCUCUUGGAUGUCAUCCAUGUAGUGAGCUGGUUACCUCGCGGCUGGCUGUGGGGCGGCGCGCUGCAGUCCUCGCACGCCGCCGGGAUGGCCGCGCUGUCCGGAGUCCUCGGACUCAUCAUUCACUACCGCGGAAAGAAGCUAGUACCACGAUAA